CCCUCUCACCUGUCGGUCUCUGUCAGACUGCACAGGUACGUCUCUCUCUCUCUUUCUCUCUCUCUCUUAAAAGCCCACUCUCUGACUCGCCUGUUCUUCCUCUCCGUUGAUAUCACUGGCUGGCUUUUUGAAGAUGUCCAAGGGGGAGCAGAGCAUUUGCGGCCUUGAGGAGUAUUUCCAGGAACGAGGGCCGACUCUCACAUUCAGCAAUCUGCACUACUGUGUUCAGGAGACGAGAUUCUGCCGCAAGACAGGUCCUGGAAAAUACAUCCUUAAAGAUGUGAGUGGCAUCAUGAGACCCGGGAUGAACGCCAUCAUGGGUGCAACAGGAAGCGGCAAAACAUCACUUCUAGACGUGAUAGCGGGAAGAAAAGACCCUGCUGGACUGCGCCAAGGAAGCGUCUUGGUAGACGGAAAAACUGUCACGUCGGAACUGAGGCUCUCCUCUGCCUAUGUGGUUCAGGACGACAUCCUGAUGGGCACUCUGAGUGUGAGAGAGAAUCUGCUGUUCAGCGCCAACCUCCGCCUCGACCCCAAGCGCCACUCCGGCGCAGACAAACACAGCAGAGUAGAUGCCAUCAUACAAGACCUGGGCCUCGCAGACUGUGCAAAGACUAAGAUAGGGACCGAGUUCAUUCGUGGGGUGUCCGGAGGUGAGAGGAAGAGGUGCAGCAUCGGCAUGGAGCUCAUCACUUCUCCUGCGCUGCUGUUUCUGGAUGAACCGACCACAGGACUGGAUUCCAACACUGCAAACUGCAUCAUCAGUCUACUGCACAAGCUGUCCAGGAGAGGUAAGACUGUGAUCUUCUCCAUCCACCAGCCACGCUACUCCAUCUUCAAACAGUUCGACCACCUGACGCUGAUGCACAAAGGGGAGGUGGUGUAUGCAGGAGCAGCGGACCACGCACUGGGAUACUUCACAGACCUCGGCUUCCAAAUUGAGUCCUUCAACAACCCUGCUGAUUUCUUCAUGGAUGUUACAAAUGGAGAGGCAAAGUCAACAUUAAGGUCCGUCAAUGCAGCUGAGUGCAACAACCCACUGGCGACACAGUAUCGCCAAUCCCAACUGUGCCAACGGGUGCUGGAGGAGUUGGACCAUGCGAAACAGAGCAUUCUCGAUGGGGUCAUAGGUCAAGACGAGGUGGCCGACUACGCCACCUCUUUCCUCUAUCAGAUGCGUGUGGUGUGUGGCAGGACAGUGCGGAACUCUCUGAGGAACCCUCAGACCUCUUAUGCCCAGUUGGCGCUCAACAUCUUCUUUGCGAUUCUGGUGGGACUCAUCUAUUACCAGAUGCCCUUGACACUGCCUGAGGCUUUACAGAACAGGAGCGGGGCGUUCUUCUUCCUCAUCAUCAACAUGGUGUUUGGGAAUCUCUCUGCCGUGGAGCUCUUCAUCAACGAGAGGGCGAUCUUCAUUCACGAGAACUCGAGUGGCUAUUAUCGUACUUCUGUCUACUUCCUGUCCAAGAUCUUUGCUGAUCUCAUCCCCAACCGCAUCAUCCCCAUCUUUGUGUUUUCAGCCAUCGCCUACUACAUGAUGGGGUUGAAGCCCGCCUUCGAGGCCUUCCUGUGUUUCGCUCUGACCAUGUCUCUGGUCAGUCUGGCGGGAGUCGGUCUGGCUUUCCUCGUCUCCGCGAGUGUUUCUUCAUUUGCCAUGGCCAACAUCCUCAUCGCUCUGCCCUUCGUCUUCAUGAUGGUCUUUGGUGGUUUCCUUGUCAAUCUCAACUCCAUGCUGAGCUGGCUCUCCUGGCUGAAAUGGAUCAGUAUCUUCAAAUAUGGAUUGGAUGCUGCAUUCAUCAACGAAAUGAAAGGACAGCUGUUCUACAGCAACCAAACAAUCAUCCCAGGGGAGCUGUUCCUGAAAAGCCAGGGCAUCGACUACUCCGUGUGGGGCUUCUGGCAGAACCAGGUGGCUCUGCUGGGAAUCGUAAUUGUCAGCAUGUUCCUGGCCUACGUGCAGCUGCGACGAAUCAACCGCUGGAAAUGAUGCCCAUCCAUGGGCCUACGUAUCCGUCAACCACGCACGAUGUCGUCAUCCUAUUUAUUCAGCAGAAAGAAAUGGAAAGCUAUUGUUUUUAUGGGUCCAACAUAACAUACUGUGAUCAUUAUUUAAAUCUGUUGAACAUUGCACAUGGAAUCUCCCCGUGUGUGUGUGUGUGUGUGCGUGUGUGUGUGUGUGUGUCUCUCUUUAUCAUGCUCUCAAACAAAAACAAAUGCACGUGAUGUAACAUUUGACUCCAAGGUGGAUAAGCUUCCGUUAAGCGCACUUGGUCUGUGCACGAGGGAAUGUCCUGCAACGGCCAGGCCAAAGGCCAAGCUCGUUCAAAGCCACUUACAAUGUGUGAGACAUGAGCCGCAGUAAAGAAAACAGCAUUAAAAAGAGUCAUCUUAAAAAUACAGUGUUUCUCCAAGUAAGUAUAUUAAUAUUCCACGGAAACAACCAUUUUAUUCAAGGAAUUGUGUUUGUGUUUUCAGUGUUGUAUACCUUUUACAUGCUUUAGCUAGGUUUAACAACAAAUAUUAUAGUGAGAAAAAUAAACACAUUAUCAUAAAGUA